CCCCAAAAGGUGUGAUUAUAACUUACAGACAGGCUCUUGCUCAAAUAUCCAUGAUUAAUAUGAAUAACUCUCAUUACAGAAAAUUCAAUAAAGAUGACACUCAUUUGUCUUACCUUCCUCUAGCUCACAUGUAUGAACGUAUUGGUCAACAGUGUUUGACCAUGGAGGGAGCUAAGAUUGGAUUUUUCCGUGGGGAUGUUAAACUUUUGUUAGAUGAUUUGCAGACGUUAAAACCAACUGUCUUCUUCUCUGUACCCAGACUUAUGAACAGAAUCUAUGAUAAGGUGAUGGCAGGAGUUAAAGCCAGUAAAGUGAAACAGUUUCUGUUUAACUGGGCAAUUUCUUCCAAGGCUAAGGAACUGAAACAGUAUAUAAUAAGACGUAACAGUAUAUGGGACAAGAUUGUGUUUAAGAAGAUACAGGCAUUGUUUGGUGGUAAAGUUGAUAUUGUUAUCACAGGUUCUGCACCACUAGAAGCAGAAGUUUUAACUUUCUUUAGAUGUGCUCUUGGUUGUGCGUUUCUAGAAGCAUACGGGCAAACAGAAACUGUAGCGGCGGUAUCAAUGGGAAUAGUUGGGGACUGGAGCGCAGGACAUGUUGGACCUCCAUUGCCAUACACCUACAUCAAACUGUUUGAUGCUCCUGAAUAUAAUUACUACGCUAAAAAUAACCAAGGGGAGGUGUGUGCUAAAGGAGUCACUAUCUCAAGUGGAUAUUAUAAAGACCCAGUAAAAACAGCAGAAACUAUUGAUAAGGAGGGAUGGCUUCAUACAGGAGAUAUUGGACAAUGGUUACCUAAUGGUACAUUAAAAAUUAUUGACAGGAAGAAAAAUCUGUUCAAGUUGUCACAGGGAGAGUAUGUGGCCCCAGAGAAAGUAGAACUUGUUUAUAGCCGGAGUUCAUUUGUGGCUCAAGCUUUUGUAGAAGGUGAUAGUCUUCAGCCAUAUGUAAUGGCAGUGAUUGUACCUGAUGAAGAAGUUUUAAUCUCAUGGGCAAAUUCUCAAAAUCUUUCUGAUAGUUUCCAGGAACUGUGCAAAAGUGAGAGUGUUAAAUCAAUGAUGCUACUGGACAUACAGAAAACUGCUAGAGAAGCUGGUCUCAAAGGAUUUGAAAUUACUAAAGAUAUCAUUUUGCGAUCAGAACUAUUUUCUAUUGAAAAUGGACUGUUAACACCUACGUUUAAAAACAAGCGCCCACAGCUACGCAGUUUCUUCAAGAAUGACAUAACAGCUCUUUACAAGAAACAUAGUGGUGGGUCAGGUUAAAGGAAAGGGAA